CAAUCCAUCUCCUCUUGUGAUUUCAUAUCUGCUUCUCAGACGAACUCUCUGCGCUUAAUUCAUAACGUUAUCUUUCGAAUUUGCCCCUCCAAUUUUAACUUAAUUACAUAAAAUGUCCGGAACUCUAAUCUACUCCGCCGUUAACUCCCUUCGAUUCUCCCCGGGAAACAGCCUUCCUCAGCCCAAAACCACCGGACUCCUCCGCCACAAAAACGCGCGGUUUCCCACCGGAGCCACGUCGUUCAGAGCUUCGGCAGCUCAAACUCUCGACGCCGAGCCAGCCGUAACGGCAUCCUUUCGUCGGCAAGCGUCGAGUCUCUACGAACUGCUGAGAGUCGACGAGACGGCGUCGUUGACGGAGAUCAAGACGGCGUACAGGAGCUUAGCUAAGGUUCACCACCCGGACGCGUCGGAGGAAUCGGACGGACGAGAUUUCAUUGAGAUCCGUAAAGCUUACGCGACGCUGGCGGAUCCGACGACGAGAGCGAUCUACGAUUCGACGCUGGGAGCACGAGGGAGACGAGUGCACGCUGGAGCGAUGGGUCGGGCGAGUCGGGUUUACACGACGACCCGAUGGGAGACGGAUCAGUGUUGGUAGUUUAUAAGUCUUUAGGUUUCCGAUGAUUUUUUUUUUUACUUAAUUUCCCCCUUUCAUUAUUUUUUAAUUAAGGGGUAAAUAAGUUUUUUACAAGCUUUUUUUUAU